AUGAAAAUUGGCUCACAAGAAGUUGGGGUUCUUGGAAUUUGGGGUAAGGGAGGAAUGGGUAAAACAACCUUAGCUCGUGCUAUAUUUGACCAAUUUUCCCACCAGUUUGACAGUUCUUACUUUGUAUCAAAUGUGAGAGAGGAAUCCAAAAAGAUUGGAUUGACUUGUCUGCUUGAAAAAACUAUCUCUGUCCUACUAAAUGAUGGAAAUCUUACAAUGAUAGAAAGCCCCAACACUCAAAGAAGGCUACGUCGAAUAAGAGCUCUUCUUGUGCUUGAUGAUGUAGACACCUCCCACCAAUUACAGUAUCUUAUUGAAGAAAAUCUUUUAUUGGGACCAAGCAGUAAAGUCAUCAUAACAAGUAGAGACAGACAUGUUCUUGUUAGUGGAGGAGUUCAAGUAGUGCAUGAGGUGAAAGAAUUAAAAAUGGAAGAAUCACUUCAACUUUUCUGUUGGCAUGCUUUCAAGCAAGCUUAUCCCAAAAUGGGGUAUGAAAAUUUAUCAGCACAAGCAAUUCAGUAUGCAAGAGGCGUUCCCUUAGCAAUAAAAGUUUUGGGUUUAUAUUUGAACUCUAGAAGUACAAAAGCAUGGGAUAGUGCCCUCAAAAAAUUCAGAAAGUAUCCUCAUAUGGGAAUUCAUAAUGUAUUAAGGGUGAGUUAUGAUGGACUUGAUGUGCCAGAACAAAGGAUAUUUUUAGAUAUUGCAUUCUUUUUUAGGGGAGAAAGAAAAGAAGAUAUUAUAAGGGUGUUAGAUGCUUGUAAUGACUUCUAUGCCUAUUGUGGAAUAGAUAGCCUUCAAGAUAAAGCUCUCAUAACUAUUUCAAGAGACAACAAAGUAGAAAUUCAUGAUCUAUUACAAGAAAUGGCUGAAGAAAUAGUUCGUGAGGAAGCUAGAGAGCAUCCUGAAAGACGAAGUCGAUUGAAUGAUGUAAAUGAAAUUCAAGAUGUAUUGAAAAAUAGCACGGGAACUGAUGCAAUUGAAGGCAUUACACUGAACCCAAAGGAAUUUAGAAACCACUUGCACUUGAGUGCUGACGCUUUCAAAAAGAUGAGUAAUUUAAGAUUUCUCAGGAUUAGUUCCAAGUUAAAAGGAGGUUAUACCGUGCGGUUUCCUUUUGGUCUAGAGUCAUUUUCUGAUGAGCUAAGAUAUUUUUGUUGGGAAGAAUAUCUUUUGGAGUCUCUACCAUUGGGUUUUUGUGCAGAAAAACUUGUUGAAAUCCAUAUGGUUUGCAGCAAUGUGGUGAAACUAUGGGAUGGUGUGCAGGAUCUUAUGAAUUUGAAGACAAUAAAUCUCAGCUUUUCCUCAAAGUUAAAGGAGCUGCCUGAUUUCUCAAUGGCACAAAAUCUUGAAAUACUGGACCUCCGAUAUUGCAAAAAGUUGCGUAGCAUUCAUCCAUCUCUCUUAUCUCUUCCUAAACUUGUUUCUUUGAAUCUAGCGGGGUGCUGCAAACUAAAGAAUCUUCAUGGGGACACCCCUUUGAAAUCUCUCAAGCAUCUCACGCUGACUGGCUGUAUUGCUCUCAAGGAAUUUUUGGUGGCAUCAGAAGAAAUGAGAAUUUUACAUUUGAAUAAUACUAGUAUCAAAACAUUGAACUUGCAAGUAGGAUGGUUCAAUAAACUGGAAGAGCUACAUAUCGGUUGGCGUCUCAAGAGCUUUCAAAUAAAUGAGCUAAGAAGCUUGACAUCUCUGAAAAUAUUCUUUCUUUCUAAUUUUACAGAAGGAAUUGACAAAUCAAAAUUACUCAUUCUGUUUGAUGCCUGGCAUUCUUUAGAAGAACUGCAUUUGAGACGCUGUGAUGUUGGUGAAAUCCCUGACAAUAUCAAUGGCCUGUCAUUAUUGAAGAUUCUGUCACUACGACGGUGCAGCUUGAGUAGUUUGCCUAAUAGCAUCAAGCAUCUUUCAAAGCUGAGAGAAAUUGAUCUGGGAGAAUGCAAGCAAUAUGCAACAACUACUCUUGUGAGCUUAAAGUCUGUUACCCAGGAAGCACAAUUCCAACGGGCUUAA